UUGUGUGGUCGUGUCGGGUGCUGCGGAUGAAAGGAGCGCUACAUCAAAAAGGAUGUCUGGAAGCUACUACUUUGUUAUUGUUGGCCAUCAUGAUAAUCCAAUUUUUGAAAUGGAGUUUUUGCCACCUGGAAAAGCUGAGUCCAAAGAUGACCAUCGCCAUCUGAACCAGUUCAUGGCGCACGCUGCACUCGACCUGGUGGAUGAAAAUAUGUGGCUGUCAGACAACAUGUACUUGAAAAGUGUUGACAAGUUCAACGAGUGGUUUGUCUCAGCCUUUGUGACUGCAGGUCAUAUGCGACUCAUCAUGCUGCAUGAUGUAAGACAGGAGGAUGGAAUAAAGAACUUCUUUACUGAUGUCUAUGACUUAUACAUGAAGUUUGCUAUGAAUCCAUUUUACGAACCCAAUUCUCCUAUACGAUCAAGUGCAUUUGACCGAAAAGUUCAGUUUCUUGGGAAGAAACACCUUCUAAGCUGAAUUCUGAAAAAUUCAGAAGUAAACAGUGUUGGCGAUAGAGUGGACCUAAAAGGUGUGCACAUUCUAAAGUAAUUUGAUUAAACACUCUAAGAA